GUCCGUCCUCUUUGAAAGACGAAGCGGAACAGAAAACCAUCUCCUCUGCGACUGAGUUGUGCCCCGGUCUGUUUACCGAUUCAGGAGUUUAAAAGAAUCUACUGUGUUGACCGUUUUUACAUCCGACCCCCGAUUUCAGAACAUCCCAGUCCUGACUAAACAUCCAGGGGGAGGCGGGCAUGGAGUCCCACGGCAGAGACGACGCGAAAGGGCCGGUGCUACACAUCGUGGUGGUUGGAUUUCACCAUAAAAAGGGCUGUCAGGUUGAAUUCUCUUACCCUCCGCUGAUGCCAGACGAGGGUCACGACAGUAACCUGCUGCCUGAGGAGUGGAAGUACCUCCCUUUCCUUGCUCUGCCCGACGGAGCGCACAACUACCAGGAAGACACGGUGUAUUUUCACCUGCCGCCGCUCACUGCAGACAUGAAGUGUGUGUACGGAGUCUCGUGUUAUCGCCAGAUAGAAGCAAAGGCCUUGAAGGUCCGGCAGGCUGACGUCACCAGGGAGACGGUUCAGAAGAGCGUCUGCGUCCUCAGCCGAGUGCCUCUCUACGGUCUGCUUCAAGCGAAACUGCAACUCAUCACACACGCAUACUUUGAGGAGAAAGACUUCUCGCAGAUCUCUAUUCUGAAGGAACUCUACGACCACAUGAACGGCUCUCUGAGGGGCUCGGCUCUGGAGGGAUCGCAGGUUUAUUUAGGGUUAUCACCGAGGGAUUUAAUACUGCAUUUUCGACACAAGGUUCUCAUCCUCUUCAAGCUUAUCCUGCUGGAGAAGAAGGUCCUGUUCUAUGUUUCUCCUGUCAACAGACUAGUAGGAGCUCUGAUGACAGUUUUAUCACUGUUUCCAGGUAUGAUCGAGCACGGCCUGGUGGACUCGUCACACUACAGACCCAAGAGCAGCGUGUCGGAGGACCUGAGCCUGGUGGAGAGCAUCUCCGGAGCCGAGGAGUUCGUGUCUGUGUCCGUCACCGACAUCGCCAACACCACCCUGGAGCUGGAGGUGGAGGAGACCGUCCAGCCCGCUGCAGAGUCCCUGUCCUCUGGGAACAGCACAGAGGGGGACAAUCACCUCCUCAAACCCCCAUCACGUACCUCUCCAGACUCCUCCGAGAGCGACUGGGAGACCCUGGACCCCAGCGUGUUAGAAGAAGGUGGCGCUAAAGAGGCAAGCGAGGGGAAAGAGACGGGGUUGGAGCAGCUACCGGACGCCUUCGACUCCAAACCAGGAACGCCCAUCACUGUGCAGCCGCAGGCGGCCGGCGGUCAGGGAGGGGUCACCCAGGGCCUGUUGUCUGGUCUGGAGGAGGACCAGUACGGGCUGCCGCUCCCCAUCUUCACUAAGGGUUACCUGUGUCUGCCCUACAUGGCCCUGCAGCAGCAUCACCUUCUAUCAGACGUGACGGUGCGAGGCUUUGUUGCCGGGGCAACCAACAUCCUCUUCCGCCAGCAGAGGCACCUCAGUGAUGCUAUUGUUGAGGUGGAAGAAGCUCGUAUCCAGAUCCAGGACCCCGAGCUCCGGAAGAUCCUGAGUUUGACGACGGCAGACCUGCGUUUCGCCGACUACCUCGUCAAACACGUGACGGAGAACCGCGAUGACGUCUUCUUGGACGGGACGGGCUGGGAGGGCGGAGACGAGUGGAUCAGAGCCCAGUUCACCCUCUACCUCCACUCAUUACUGUCCUCUGCACUACAGCAAGAUAAUGAGCGGCUGCUGGCUGAUUACGGCGCUCCUUUCAUCGCAGCCUGGAAGAUCAGCCACAACUAUCGGGUGUGGUACAGCAACAAGCACCCCGCCAUGACCGCCAUCACCCCAGGACACCCGUUCCAGGGGCAGUACAGUGUUGCUGAUGUGAAACUACGGCUUUCACACUCGGUGCAGAACAGCGAGCGAGGGAAGAAGAUCGGAAAUGCCAUGAUGACCACCAGUCGCAGCGUGGUCCAGACGGGGAAGGCAGUGGGUCAGUCAGUGGGCGGAGCGUUGACCAGCGCCAAGUCGGCCAUGUCCUCCUGGUUCUCCACACUAGCCCAGCCUGCAGCUGUAACCCCCCCGGCCUCUCCUGAGCCUGCCACUGAGGUCAAACCGUGACCAGCCCCCCUCCCCCCCCCCAAUCAUCUUCUGAUCCUCUGGCUACUGUGAAACCUGAGGGUCAGCGGUCUGAGAGCUGGUGUCAUGAAGGAUGUGAGCAGGAAAAUCUAUGUCUAAACCAUAAAACCCGAUGGUCACAUCCCUGAUUGGAUUCUGGGCUUUUUCCAGCAUCAUAUUAGCGGGAUGCCACUCUGGACAGUAAGGGAGUGAUGCUGUUAUAUUAACUGUACAGUCCAUAUCCACUGUGAGGCAGAGACUGCCAGCGCUUUUAAUCAAAACCGGAAUUUUUCAGCAGGCUGCAUCAUGUCUGACAACCUGUUUCUCACUGCUGCAGCUUGCAUUGCUGAACACUUUCCUGUGAGACACUAAAGAUGCUGUCUUUGAGAGAUGCUGGUUUGCGGUGUUCACUCUUUGCUGCGCAUUUCUAGAGUUUGUCUAUAUUGCAGACUAUUUUGUUGACAAAGUAAUUAUGUAAGAAAUAUAAAUCAGUGUCACAGGAUUUGACAGAAGAGCAUGAGCUGUGGCACCUAUGAAGAUUUUAAUGGUUUAGAUUUAAAAUUCAGUCUGGCUCAUGUUUGAUGAUGCCUCUGUAAUAACAUUGUGGUUGUCUCUUUAACAGCUUGAUUUUAUUUAUUUAUUAUCGUUAUAAAUGUAAUAUUUUUGGGGUUUUGGACUUAACUUUCGGACAAAACAAGUAAUUUAAAAACUUCUAUGAACCCACAGAACUUGUGCUAAAAGGUUAUUAGACAAGUCAAACAUUUACAAUACAUAAAUAAAAAUAUUGUUAACUAAAUAUUUAGCAUAGAGGCUAAAUAUAAAGAGUAAGAUUUUCCUUUAACCUACAAUCAGUAGCUAAAGCCUUUUAACUAGCUAGAAAAUGCUAAGAAAGGUGGCUAGCUAAUGCUACUUAAAGGUUUACAGUUUAAUGCUAGACAUUUUGAUUUAUUUCCAAUGUGCUUUUGAUGACAACAAGAGAGAUUAACUUAAAGAAAAUAAUGUUAUGAAGAUAGAAGCAUGGUGUCUGUAAACUCAUGUCAGCUAACUAACUUUGGUAGCUUGCUCCCUAAAAUGUGUUAGCUUCUGCUAUGUGAAAAAUAAGUAAAUAAAAAUAAAAACAUGAAGGAGUAAAAUAUAGAAUAAGCAAGUGAAAGAUAAAUAGAAGAGUAAAAUAAAGUUUUAAUUGAAAUUAGCCACCAGUUUUUUCAGUUAAGCUAACUAGCCUCACAGAUGUCUCAGUUGAUCCACUCAUGAAGAAAAUGAAAAAUAUUGUGUGUGCUAAUUCAAAAAAGGACCUACACUUUCUUACUCUUGUUCACACACAACCAAACACAUAAUGCUAUGACAAUGCAUUUACAAAAUUUGAACGCUGUUACUGAAAUAACCACAAUGUUAUUACAUAAAUCCUUGUGAACCUAAUGCCUGAAUUUGUGCCCUGAUAAACGUGAUAAAACCACCCUUAACUAUGAAGGAACCUGCACCCAGCUAUAUGUUUGACAGGGUGUUAUUAACCCUCACCCAGGCCUUUUUGUACUUUGCUGUCAGUAUAUAUAUUGGGAGAACUAUAUUUAGUAAAUCUGAAGACAUUAUAAAGUCAGAUAACUUAUUUAUUUGUUGUGUACGAACUUGUUAUCUCAUAAAUAUCCAUGUUUUGUUAUGGCAACACUGGAACAAGUCCUAAUCUGUGGACCACUGUGUGUAUUUGCACAAAGCAGCCAUUAUAUUCUAUUUAUGUGAAUCUUUAUCUUGUAUAACUGUAAUUUUGAGGUGCUUACAGGAUCUUUUCCCUCCAUGCAACAAAUAUUUGACAACUGUUGGAUUAAAGUGGUCCAGUGAGCAUGUUCUGUCCAGUCCAGUUUUACAGCUGUAAUCAGUGUCAUCCUGCUGUCUUUAAAAACGUUUUGAACAUUUGCUCUUUUUUCUUUGUCUCUUGCGCUUUUAAAACUUCUUCAGCCAUUGACUCAUUUCUGGAAUUUGCUUUCGAUUUCUGGAUUAUGUUUGAGAGAAUAUCAGCUAUUAAAGCUGCUUUUCUGUUUCUUUUUUUACCCUCUGAUGAUAUAUUUUUCUUUUUGUAUUUAAAAGAUAUGAAUGUAUUGUGAAUUGGAAUUCACAGAAUAUUUUCUUGACAGAUGCUUUUAAUGUAUUUGAGAAGAAAGUGAUACUAUAUUAUAUUGCUGUAUUAAAAAAAAUAAUUACAAUA